AUGUUGUUGAAGCCAAUUUUCGCGGUCUUUCUUGCUGUUAGUAUUGCUCAAGGCCAGACUCCCCCCGGUUUUGAGCCUUCUACGUCUCACAAACUGGGAGUCAAAUUCGGCAAGAAGGCUGCUGCGCAUCAAGGCAACAAACUUGACAAAUCUGAUACCCAGCUUGUACCGCACUUGACGGUCAAGUCGCUGAAACAUGACGCCGAAUUUCCCCACUCAAUGCAACAAACCAUGUCUGACUCUCGCUAUAUCGUCUUCAUGGUUGAUCUAGACGUUCCUCAAAACGAUACCAAGGUCCCAUUCCUUCAUUGGUAUCAAUCGGACCUCAAAUUGCACCGCAGAACAGGCAAAUUACACAUACCAAAUUCGAAUCAUCUCGACAAAGCGGAGUACUAUCCACCCUCGCCACCACCAGGGCCUGAGCAUCGUUACGUCGAAUUGCUUUUUGACCAACCGCGACAUUACAAGAUGCCCUCCGAAUUCAAGAAGUAUAUGGAUAAAAAGUCAUCGACACGGGUGGGGUUUGAUAUUCGGGAGUUCGUGAAAGCAGCGGAUUUGAAGAGGCCGAUUGCUGGAAAUUGGUUUUUGGUUCAAGAGACCGAUGAGAAGGAUGAGGAACUUUGA